AGAACUGAGCAACUCCCCCCAUGGCAUCCUGACUCGCGUUUUGCCAAGCUGCGCAUGAAGCUUGGAGAGUUCCAAGAUGGUUUGUCUCGGAAUUUGCAGUAUUCCCUACGCAACACCGACACUCAUAUCAUGUAUAAGAACACCCUGGCAUCGUACACCGUGAUGCAUGUGGUCUACUUUUUAUCUGUGAUUGUGCUGCACCGGGCCUAUAUCCCUUUCCUUCCGGUGCGAUGCACUGAGCCAGUGGGACCGUUGGAUGAACCGUUGUUCUCGUCCGAAAAAUCGGGUACUCCUGACGGUUUCUGGAGAGAGAGUGCUCGCGAGCUGUUCAAGGCUGCUCGUCAGAUGAUCGAUCUUGUUGUGACGUGCCAGGAGCGCGGAGUACUCGUCGAGAAUCCAUUGAUGGGAUUUGCCGUCUACAACGCAGCCUUUAUCGGCGUCUACGCAGCACACUUUCAGCACAUGGACCAGGAUGGUCUUCUGUGUGUCAAGAUGGGCUCCCCCGGGGAUGGCCAGCAGGGUCAGGUGCAGGCUCGCAAGGCCCUCGACAUUCUCCGGGAGAUGCGACCCCGUCUGAAGAUGGCUCGGGGGUGGUUCCGCACGCUGAACCGGCUGCAUAGCUACUUUUCCAAGGUUCGAAGGGACUUUCGCCGACACUCGCGUCUUAUGUCGGACCCGCUGGACCCGCAUGCCAACGGCAUCCAGCCCGUUCGCGAGGGCGGCAAUGGGGGUGGUCUUGAGGAGUUUAAGAUGCUGGAAAAGCUGUUCCUCGACUUUGGCAGUAUCGAGGAUCGACUACCGGAGCACGGCGAAGAGGACGGAGUGGCCGCGGUCAGCGACCGGGUGACCAACCUCAGUGAUGCCGGUAGUAACGCAGUUCGAAGCGAGACGGGAGAUAUGGCAGAGCCGCUGGACGGUGCUGGAGGGCGACGAGAAUCAUGGGUGCCCAUCAACAGCCCUGGGAUGCCGCUGCCCGUGCCGGAGGGUGAACGUCGGCCUAGUCUACCGCUGCCUCCUAGUCGAGUUUUGCAGUCGCAGUCUCCGUACUCGCUGCCCUCGCUGCAGCAUCACCCCGAUGGGCUGUUCAAUGCGUCACCUCCUAGCCUGCCAGCGCUGGGGCCACCGUUCGGGGCGCCUUCAGCGACGCCUACAUCUGCGGGACCUGGUUCGUCCCAAUAUGUGGCGGCGCCACCGUCGAAUCGCCUGCAGCCGUUGAACUCGUGGCUCACGCCGCGACAGCAGCCGCCUCCGUAUUCGCAGUCACUCCCUCCGAUCAACGCGACCGCACACAGUCUGCCGUUAUUACCACCACCCGGGACCGUCACCCAGCAGGCGGCGUCCCCACCAGUCACGUUGGACGGGGUGGAUAGCCUCCCGCAGAACGGGAUGUGGUCGACCAGCCUGGGCGGAGACGACGUAUUGGCAUUUCUAGAAGGAUGCGAAUGCGAUCAAUGGUCGGGGAUGGUGCCAUCGGAGGUGGGUAUCCCAGCGGGCUGGUUGAGCGCGGUGUGGGGGGAGUUUUCGCGGUGAUCCGGCAGAGCUCUGCCAGUGAUGAAGUUUCCUUAUUCUGUAUUAUUAUUGUAUGUCUCAUGCUGUAUGAAUACGCCUGUUUGGGCAGGACUUUGACGAUCAACACGAGACACAAAAACGAGGGUUUGUUCUGGGAGAGGACAUGGGCCGGAUAUGAAAUGGGCAGGUAAUCAAAACCGCGGGGCCUGGAUGAUUAUUGGAGGCGUUGUGGGAUUUUCCGAUUGAUUUCCGAGCGAGGCGGGAUGUUUGAUAGCG